CAUCCAUCGGUCCUCCCAUUAAAGCUGUCUGUUCUAAAGGUGUAAUAUCUACAUUCAAAAAUGUUCCCAGGAAUUCUUGAUCACAUAAGAAUAUCUUGCUCUCCAGAGGUUUCCGUCCGAGUUCGAGGCGAAUGGUUUGCCGUCCCUUGCACAAGAAGCUCCACAACAGUACGUUUUGUUGGAGAAGAGGCCCUCAGAAAGUAUCAGAAGCUAAGACCCCAGAGCUCUCAUGUAUCAGGAAGAGAAGAAAAAAUAUAUCAGAUCAGAAAGACGAAAGGAGGAGCAAUUUUAGAUCCUGAUGACCAGGUGAACCACGUUCUUGACGACAAUGACUUUGUCUCCGUUGUAUUAGAAACAGACAAACCGAAUCCUGUGACAGCUCCAGCAGAGAUCCACUAUGUACCAGAACAAGUACCAGGAAAAUUCAAAAUUCCAUCAGAGUACUUAACUUUGGACGGCUAUAACCUCAUUCCAGAUGACCUCAUAAAACUUGGAAAAGGAAUGUAUAAAAUUAAACUAAGCCAAGAAUCUCAAGCAAGAGUCAAUCGUUCCCGUGAAAUGUUAGAAAGAAUCUUGAAAGAAAAUAAAGUAGCUUACGGCGUCAACACAGGUUUUGGAAAGUUCGCAACAACAGUUAUUAGCGAAGAAAAAAUUAUAGAGCUUCAAGAAAACCUUAUUCGAUCCCAUUCUGCAGGUGUUGGAACACCCCUAUCUCCUGAGAAAACAAGGAUGUUAAUGGCUUUGCGUAUCAAUGUGCUUGCAAAAGGAUUCAGCGGAAUUUCUUUGGAAACCUUGAAUAGGGUUAUAAAUGCUUUCAAUGCUUCCUGUUUGCCGUGGGUCCCAGAAAAAGGAACAGUCGGAGCAAGUGGUGAUCUCGCUCCAUUAGCCCAUUUGGCACUGGGUCUGAUCGGAGAAGGCAAAAUGUGGAGUCCCGAAUCUGGAUGGGGAGAGGCUAAAUACGUACUGGAAAGUCACAAUUUAAAGCCUAUUUCCCUAGGUGCUAAGGAGGGUAUUGCUUUGCUUAAUGGAACUCAACUCAUCACUUCCAUUGGUGCCGAAGCCGUGCAACGAUCUGAAAUUAUUGCUAAGCAGGCAGAUGUCGUAGCAGCAUUAUCACUAGAAGUUCUUAAGGGAACAACCAGGGCUUUUGAUGGAGACAUACAAAAGGUCCGCCCACAUCGAGGUCAAUCCAGUGUAGCAUACAGGCUGAGGUCUCUGCUUCAUUCAGAUACUCAUCCAUCAGAAAUGGCAGAAAGCCAUCGAUUUUGCAACAGAGUUCAAGAUGCUUACACCUUGAGAUGCUGUCCACAGGUUCACGGGAUUGUUCACGACACGAUAGAGUUUGUUAGAGAUAUCAUCACCACAGAAAUGAACAGUGCAACUGAUAAUCCGCUGGUGUUCGUGGAAAGAGAGGAAAUCAUUUCCGGUGGAAAUUUUCACGGCGAAUAUCCUGCAAAAGCGCUGGAUUAUCUAGCAAUUGCAGUCCAUGAGUUGGGAAGCAUGAGCGAAAGAAGGACUGAAAGACUGAUAAAUCCAGCUGUAAGUGGAUUGCCUGCUUUUCUCGUAAAAGAUGGAGGUUUGAACUCGGGCUUUAUGAUUCCUCACUGCACAGCCGCAGCACUCGUGUCAGAGAAUAAAGUUCUUUGCCAUCCAUCAUCAGUGGAUUCACUUCCAACAAGUGCUGGCACAGAGGAUCAUGUCUCCAUGGGUGGAUUUGCUGCUCGAAAAGCUUUGAUGGUUGUCGAGAAUGUCGAAAGGGUAAUUGCAAUUGAACUUCUGGCUGCAUGCCAGGCAAUCGAAUUCUUAAGACCUCUGAAGACGACUCAGCCGCUCGAAGCCGUCUAUGCAGUUGUCAGAUCAGUCGUGAAGCCAUUGGACAAAGAUCGUUUCAUCGCUCCGGAUAUAGAUGCUGUAACUGAGCUCUUAAAAGAUGGCAAAAUUUGGGAUGCUGUGUUUCCACACAUGGAACGUUACAAAGCAGAACAAGGAGUUGAAACUCGUCCAUCAUCACCCACGACAAGCAGCACUCACAGCAGUCAAAACAUCUACUGUUACAGGAAACGCCGUCAUGCCAGCAAUAAUUCCAAUGGAUACUCCAUUGACGGCUUCGUCAACUCCUAUGACAGCGAGGAGGAAUUUUCGAUCAAAGUAAAUGACGAUGAUUAUCCUCACAAGUUGCCCAAGCUGACAGCAAUGAAACUUUCAAGGCCAUUGUUUGUAGUUGAAGAGUGAUUAUAUUUAUUUAUUUUCUAAAGAUUGUGGAAACUGUGUGUUGUCUUCGUUGCGAAAAUUCUUCCUAUUCCUUUUUACCCGACCGGUAAAUACUUUCUCAGUCUAACAGUUUUAAGCAAGAUUAUUAUCUGCUAAAAGAAUCUCUUCAAAAAUCAUGCAAUGUGAAUGAACUUCGAAGACUACAUGUGUUUAAUUUAAAUUCAUUCUAUGAAUAUAAAUAUAAGUAAAUCUAUUUAAAUAAUUAAUAUAAAACAUGUAUGUUUCUAAGAAAGCAAUCUUGCCAAUAUGUGUUCAAUGCCUCUUUCAAACUUUUUGUGCUAUUUGCAUUUUUUUUUUCAGUAACUCCCUCCAGUGUGUUGUGGUCUAUCAUUCAUUGUAUAUAGAACAUGCUGGAUCAUUUAGAGUGCUAUGUAUAAAAUAUGCAUUUUAUUAAU